AAAAACUUUGGAGACAGAUAAAGCAAGAAAGUAAGACCGCUCGAGGAAGGAACCCCGCAAUAUCUCUCCCUCUCCCUUCCUCUCGAUUCGGCGUCGAUUCCGCCUCUUUGUUGACCGUUCGGUCCGCCAUCGACGGCCUUUCUCCAGUUUCUUGAGCGAGAAGAAAGGCAAGGUUUACGAAUUUUGAGAGAAAUUGAAGAAUUUUGGUCCAGAAAGCAAUCAAAGGAAUAUCCCUUUUUUAGAGGGGUAUUAGGGUUGGUCUUCGGAGGAUUUUCUUGAAUUUAUAGCUUCACCUCAAGAAUUUGGAAGGGAUUCGUCGAGGAGGAGGGGGUGAGAAAAGGGAGCUCGUUUGUCACCAUAUUUGAGCUGCUCUGUGGCUGUGCUUUUGCCAUGAUGGUCGAUUCGAUCGGUGCGAGCACGUCUGUUAUCGGGCAUCGCCUGCCCUAUCAAAGGAGGAUUUGCUUCAGAGAUGCCUCCCACAAGCCUUCCCGGUUUGUGCGGUGCCAGCUUUUCUGCAAACAGUUCAUGGGUCGGCGGUUGAUCUGCUCUUCAACUACUCCUGGUACGGUAACCAUGCAGAAAUUUGAGGGAUUCAUGGUUUCAACUAUCAAAUCAUUGGCGAUGGAGUUGACGAAGGAAGCGGUGCCUUCUCCAAAAGAUCGGAAGAUGCCUCAUGAUUUCGAUUAUACCACAGAUGUGGGGUUGAAUUCUGGUAGAUUGUGGCCACCAUCCAACAAGGCUGACAAUCCAAAGCUUCAUAAUCCGUUGCUUCGGCAAGAAAGGAUGGGCUGUGGGUGGUUGGGUGCGAUCUUCGAGUGGGAAGGAGUGAUUGUUGAAGAUGAUCCCAAUUUGGAAAAGCAGGCAUGGUUGGUACUGGCCCAAGAAGAAGGGAAAUCACCUCCCCUGGCCCUUGUCUUGAAGAGAAUAGAGGGUAUGAAGAAUGAGCAAGCGAUCUCAGAAGUUCUAUGCUGGUCACGGGAUCCCUCAGAGCUACGAAGAUUAGCCACUCGGAAGGAGGAGAUAUACCAAACUCUCCAAGGUGGUGGAUUCUAUCAGAUAAGGUCUGGGUCACAGGAGUUCAUUAGUACUCUUGUCAAUCACAAGAUUCCAAUUGCAGUGGCAUCCACUCGUCCAAGAAAGAAUCUCCAAGAAGCGAUCGAGGCUGUUGGCGUGCAAAGCUUCUUGAAUGCAAUUGUGACAGCAGAGGAUGUGUAUAGGGGGAAGCCCGAUCCAGAGAUGUUUGUGUAUGCAGCACAGCUCCUUAAUUUUAUACCAGAGCGGUGCAUUGUAUUUGGGAAUUCCAAUUCAGCGGUGGAGGCAGCGCAUGAUGCCCAUAUGAAGUGUGUGGCCGUUGCAAGUAAGCACCCGGUUUAUGAGCUUGGUGCAGCAGACCUUGUUGUGAGGCGUCUCGAUGAGCUCUCUAUCGUCGACUUGAAGAACCUUGCUGAUAUUGACUCUCCAGAGUUUGAUUCGGGAGAGCUGGAGGUCGAAUUGGAGGAGGAAGAAGACCCAUCUCGAUCUUCAUCAGUGGGUGUUGAUGAUUUCUUCUGGGCACUACAUGGUUGUGACAGAUGAAAGGGCUAAACAGAUAACGUGAAUGUGUUGAUGGAGCUAAAUUAUGUAAAUUAUUGUCUGGACAGUUGAUAAGGCAUGAGACUGAUUGGCAUAUGGUCGUGUAUUAAUAUAAGCAAAAGAUCUAGAUUACCAUGCUUUUGCCACUAGGGCUAAACAAUGCUCAGCAUGGACGCUUCCAUCUACUUUUUAGUGUUAUGUUAAUCCCCUUUGGUCUGAGCAAGCAUAUAUGCAUGAUAUAUUUAUGACAUUUCAAGGUUUAAACUGGUGUGGAAUGUGAGGUCAUCAUUUUAGGAUAUACUGUCACAUUCUUUUGCCUUCAAUUGACGGAAAUUGGGAUUGCUACUUCCAAUCAUCAGCUUGAAUUCAUCAACAUCAAGGAAUAGAAAAGAAUGGGGAAGAACAAACUUGAUAACAGCUGACACCUUUAUAUAUUAUUGACUUAACAAUGAAACUAUGAAUUCAUUGCAGCAAAUUUUUGCCGUUUGGGAAUACUUUAUCUGGGAAUAAAUUGAUUUGGUCAAUAUGCGGAAAAUUUGCCCUUCUAAAAUCAGGAAUUGUUAAAAAAUAAAUGUACAAAAGAAUUGAAUAACUACAUAGCACGUGGCAGGACUUGCAAAAGAGCGUGAGGGAGGGUACAAUACAACUACCAAUAAUGACAGCUGCCAUGGCAAUUACAUCGAGAACUACACAUAUAAUUAGGCAUUCAAUGCCAUGGUACUAUUAGUUGAAUAAGUCAUAAGUAAUGUGUGAAUAAUUUCAUUGAUUGUUACAUAAUUAUGAACUGUUUGGUUGUUCAGAAAUAAUUUGUUCAAUAAUUUGGUCGAUGAAUUAUGAUCCAAUAAUGGAAGUUUUAAAUAAUUUGGAGAUCUUGAGAUAAUGGAUCGAUGAUGCAAUGCAUCUUUGUUGUUUCUCUCUUAGACAAAUGGCACUUAGAUUCAUGGUGUAUCAACUAACUGGACCUGUUAUCAUUUCUAAGCCAUAAAUAGAUGUAAAACAUGACGAGGAAGUAACUUUUUUUCUGGUGAUGUAUUUAAACCUGCAUCUGAGACUUGUUAUUCAUAUCCAAUAAAUGCAUGUUUUGAACUAUGGACGUUUGUUUCUCCCCAAAUUGUCCAAAGUUUUUGCACUGCUAGAAACUGUUGAAGAAAAUUGUGUUAUUGUAUACAAGAUAAGCUCAGAAGCAGAAUCAGGGAAUUGUACCAUGUCCAUAAUUACAGAAGUGGCAAACAGGUCAUAACUGUUGUCUAGAAUUAAACCAAACUUACUGUUGGUGAUUUCAAUCCAUGGUGUAUUGUCAUCACUACAAGGGGUCGCAUGUGUAAGUUGUUGCUGCGUCUUGCUCGGCCAGAAGAUAUCAUGCACAAUUCUUCCUACAUGACUGUUAACAAGUUGGUCUGCUCUCUGUUUAUCUGUUUACCUUAUUCCAUCCAAAUGAACAACCUGAUCUUUGAUGCUGUACAACGUAUGCAAGUCGUUGCUUUGCACUUUGGAUUUAAGCUACAAUGUUGUCCUUUUGAGUUUCCCAUGCUUGAUGGAAGCAAGAUUUGAGCCCAAAUAACUGUGAAACUUCACUAUAAAUCAGCAACCUAAGCUAAGCUGCUGCCUCGACUAAGGGCAGCAAAUGGGUUGGAUUACCCUUUCUGAUGUGGAAUUGGUCCAAAAUUAAUCCAGUUCAACCUGAAUUGAAGUUAUGUGAUUAAGCUUGGAU